CUCAGGUUCCAUGACCAAACUGCUCCAUAUAACACUCCUCGCCCAUAAUUCUUCAUGAAGCUAUUUAGGCGGUUCGUGUCUCCCAAUCCUUCUUCAAAACCGAUACAGCCUGCAACAAUGCCGGACGAACCACACGUCGAGCGUGCCACUAAAUCGCACUUCAUUGGCGUCGAUGUCGGGACUGGUUCUGCACGCGCCUGUCUCAUUGAUCAAAAUGGCACUAUAAUUACCACGGCAUCAAGAGAUAUCCAGCAAUGGCAGCCUCGACCAGGCAUAUAUGUGCAAUCCACAUCAGAUAUCUGGGCCAGCGUCUGUUAUGCUGUCAGAGAAGCCAUGAAGCAGAGUCAAGUUCACGCACCUUCCGUGGGCGGCAUAGCAUUUGUAGCGACCUGCUCUCUUGCCAUUUUCACUCAUGACACUGAUGAACCUGUCGCUGCAGGUGGCAGCAAAGGCGAUGAGUCUGAUCAUAACAUCAUCCUGUGGAUGGACCAAAGGGCAGGCUCAGAGACUGACACCAUCAAUAAGACUAAGAACGAACUGCUUAGAUAUCUUGGUGGCUCGAUCUCGAUACUGAUGGAACUUCCCAAGAUCCUGUGGCUGAAAAACCAUAUGACGCCCGAAGAAUUCCAGAAGUGUAGAUUCUUCGAUCUUCAUGAUGCAUUGACCCACAUUGCCACUGGGAACCAGCGUUUUCCCUGUUCCGAUAACUGUACUCAAGACAAUCUGCCUCCCACUCUGCCACUUGGAGUGGACGGCACAGCAAAGGGAUGGAGUAAGGAGUUUUUAGAAGAAAUUGGACUUGAGGAAUUGGCCGCCAAUGACUUCCGAAUGGUUGGUGGAGUAUGUCCUCAUGGUAAACCGCCGCUCGCGGCUGCGUUGGUCGGGUCUCUCAGCCCCAAAUCCGCUCAGGACCUCGGCCUCACUACUGAUGUAGCAGUCGGUGUUGGCACCAUUGAUGCCUAUUCAGGUUGGGUAGGAACGAUAGGGUCACAAUUUGAGGGUCAAGAUCGGUUUCCCCUGCAUUCUCGAAUGGCUGCUAUUGCUGGUACAUCCUCAUGUUAUCUGGUCGCCAACCGAAAACCGGUUUUCGCAGAUGGCAUAUGGGGACCUUACCAGGAUUGGAUAAUGCCAGGGCACUGGAUGUCUAGCGGUGGUCAGGCCGCAACAGGUAUGCUGAUCCAACAUGUGAUGGAAAUUCAUCCCGCGUACAAUGAGGCUGUAUCGUCAGCCAAAAGCUCAAACACUAGCAUUUUUGACUUUCUUGAUCGGCAUCUUGAGCACAUGAGAACAACCGCCCAAGCUUCAAGUAUCUCAUACCUUGCGCGCCAUUACUUUUUCUACGGCGAUUUGUAUGGCAAUCGGUCACCUAUUGCAGACCCGCAUAUGACAGGCUCCGUGGUGGGCCUGACCGCCGAUAAAAGCCUUGACAAUCUCGCCAUCCAGUACUACGGUGUCCUGGAGUUCAUUGCCCAUCAAAUACGGCAAGUAAUCACAACUAUGAAUGAUAGUGGCGCAGAGAUAACGUCGCUCUUCAUGUCCGGAUCUGUCGCAUUGAAUCCCAUAUUACUGAAGUUGAUUACUCUCUCAUGUGAUAUGCCAGUCAUAGUUCCAAAGUCAGUGAGCACUUCUGUGUGUUUCGGGGCUGCUAUACUGUCUGUUAAAGCGGCGACUCAGAGCACAGACAGUCUUUGGUCAACCAUGCAGACUGUGGGGCAGAGAGCUGAAGUCUGGUAUCCAGAAGAGGAUGCCGGGAAGAAAGCACUUCUCGAUGUAAAGUAUACCAUUUAUCUGGAGCAGUGUGCAAGGCAACAAGCGUUCAGGGGUAUGGUGGAUGCUGCAAUAGCGAAGCACCCACGCACAUCUUUAUUGUAAAUCAAAAUACGUUAGAGAUAUUUCCGCAAUCAACGCCU